CGACCAUUUGUAUGAACGAUACACACGACAAGAAAAGCGAGAUACGCAAGACUCUGAAAUUCUUCGCCGAAUUUCGUCGGGUCACGCGCGUCGCGCACCUGCGCAGGAAAGGGCCCCUGAGGACAGCGCCAUGCGCUUCGUGACGUCCCGGCGCUUUGCGCUAUGUGAUGCAACAGCGUCGCGCGCUAAAGGACGCGACGGCGCCAUGCGCUAUGUGGGCGCCCUGCGCUCCGCCAUGCCUCCCAAGAGACACGAAAGUGGCGACGGUUGCGCAGCUCGCAGCCCUCAAGGGAACUGCGAGGUCUCAAAUGAUCUGCGCUGCCCUCACCUCCGCCAAAAGCCCGCGAAACUGGCGAUAGUUGCGCAGUUCGCAGACCCCAGAAGCCGCGAAGUCUCAAAGUGAUCUGCGAUGCCCCCAUCUCCGCCAUGCCACCCAGGCAACAGCUGCGCAGUUCGCAGCCCCCCACGAGGCCGCGAGGUUAUCAAAUUUUUGUCAUGAACUGGAUGCAGGGAUAAUGACAAGAUGCCAGCUCUCCCACUGAGGGAAGGGGGACUCCACCGUGUGAAGCAACAGCCACGGAGAAAAAGGGAGGGGAGGAGGGAGAGGAGGAGCAGGAGGAGCGGAGCGUAGGGAGGUGCCGCCUGUCCCCGCCUGGCCGCGCGGCGGGCGGGCGGGCGCACCAGUCUCGGGCUGGCCGCGCAUGUCAGCGACGGCGGCGGCGGAGGAGGAGGAGGAGGAGGAGGAGGGAAAGGAGCAGGAGCAGGACGAGCAACAGACUCACAACGGACAAAAACUCGCGAUUGGACCAACCGCGCGCGCCCUCAAGCGCCCGACCGCGGUAUGCGGGAAGCCCCUCGGGACCACUCCGAGGUCCUGGCCAAAAUGGCUCUGCAUAACGGCACAAACUCAAGACACCCCGACGAAGCCAGGCUCGAGGGGAGCGAGGAGGGAGGCAGGAGGACAGGGCGAGCACAUGUGCCGAGUCAAAGUCCAGCAUCCAGGUCCAGAGCCCCAAAACGGGUCGUGACCUUCCACGAAGCCUACGAGAUACGAGGGAGGCAUAUCGAAUGCACGCGGGGUGCACCCUUAGAGUAGAAGUUCGGCGCGCAGACCGCGGCCUCCCAGGGAGCAGCGUCGGAGUAUGUGGGAGUCGCGAGGAGGAUUGGGGACCACAGUGCUCUGCUCCAAACGAGAACCCAACACGGGAGGGUUAGGGGAAACGAGUGAGUUGGGCCCAGGCCCCCUGGGAAAUGCAAACAAGCACGUGAACUGCCAGUCCAUCAUCAUCUAAACCUCUUUUCCUGGGUGCAGCUUCGGCCAGCCCGACGGGCGGAUCCGCUUCGGUGCUGCCACGAAAAAACCGGCAUCGCUUGGGGUGUCGCAGCGCACUCGUCGGUGUGCGAUGCAUGUCGCGGGAAGAGGGCGGUGAUAUACUAAAUAGUAUGCUGUGAGCUGUCAGAUGCGUAGGAGGCGUGGCCGAGGAGGAGUAGGAGGAGUCAUUAGACACACGAGGACUCCGAGAGGUGAAACGAGUCUAAUCGCGCGACCCCCCC